GAAUAGAAUUUUAUUAUGCGCAAUCGUUGUUCUUGGAUGCAUUAUGUUAGCUAUUCUCACGAGUGAUCCUCCAAAUCAAAAGACUUUUCCAUUAGAUCAUUAUUAUGUAACUCCUGAAGUGUUUCAGCUUAAGAUAGAUAACAUGACUAAAAUAUUUUCAAAUCAAGAGAAAAUGUUUUGGCAAAAGAUAAAUAAGCUUGGAUACAAACACCUAGAAAGGGUGUUUAAAAAUGAUACAAGCAAUCUACAACCAUUUACAAUGUUAAUAGCUAGUUAUAAUGGAACAAAUUUUACAAUGAAAUGCUUUUUAAAAGAAUUAGGAUUGGCUUUUACAUAUAAAAGCUAUGAUACUUUAUUUUCUGAAGGAGCCAACAAAGUAAGUUUAGAUAAUCAGAUUCAGGAAAGUUUAAAAUCUCUUCAGAAGUAUGUCGUUGUGACAAAUAUUGAACAGAUGACAUAUGAUACAGCAAGCAUAUUCAUGAACUAUGCUGAUGAACACGUUGAUAGUGCAGUAAUAAGUUUUCCACAAUCUACUAUAAUUAUGACAGCUGAGAUGCCAUUUUCUUUUCCUGAAAACAAUACAAAUUAUAACAGAAUAAAGGAAGAGGAGAAAGUCAUGAAGUAUUUUGUUGAUGAGAUCUGGGGUCCUGAUAAAAACAAAGCUUCAGCGUUGUGGUCUCGAAUCGGAAAUGUUGUGCUUUUAUUAAAACCUGAAAGCUUGACUAAUUUCGAACUUUGUCAUUAAAUACUUUUUGUUAUAUAAUAAAACUUUUUACAAAUAA